CAAUAUCAACAUCUCACGGAGUACAUCAUGACCUUCUAUUGGUGGUCCCAUUGGUUCUGGAUAACAUUAAGUUGUAAUCUCUUGAUGUCCCACAUUAUGAUUGUACACGCAUAUCCAAGUUUGGAUAGUUCACUGGAACGUAAUCGACAUGAACAGGAAAAGAAAAUGGUGACAAAGUUGUAUCAGGCCUCGACAACACUGACAUGGUUCGGUGAUGCCUCCACAGUAGCCUCAGCGGCUAGGGCGGCAACCACCACAUAUGGUGGCGACGAAAAGACCCGAUUACAAAGUGUUAGUGCCACAACGCAACAACCGAUGUCAAAUACCACACCUCUAACACCCGAAACGGAAAUGUCAAACUUGAAAAAUAAUAACAAAAAACUUGCCGAUGGUUUUGAAGAUUAUUAUUACUAUGAUGAUGAAGAUGAUAAUAAUGCCGAUACGGAUAUUUCAGAUAAAGUGAAACCUCUGCAUCUGGAAGAUGUAGAGGUGGAGGAGGAGGAACAAGAAACAAACCAGCAAAAUGAUGGAAAACAAAAUGAAAUGAAAAGAUCGGCAGAGGAUAUGAGCAACAUGAAUACAGCUACCCUGUCGACAACCAUGACCAGUACACCCACAACCAAUGUGAACGGCGGCAACAACAGCUCAUCUCAUUCCAGUGGUGUGCGUAAUCAUAAUAAUUACACAAAUUUUACAGAACCAUUCCAUGCCAGUGAUGGUUCCAACAACACAAUGUCACAAACGGAAGACUUCAAUAAUCCCUCCUCAGAUAGUCGGCUAAAGGCCAACAUAAUGAUGGCCUCAGCCUCAAUUUUGGCCACCUCGGUUAAUUCUUUAUCGGCCCUCAUUGCCAAUAAUGUUACACAACUGCCGCCGGGGACACCAAAAAUCACAAGGCCAUCAUCACCACCAGGCGAUUGGCUGCGAAGUAUGGAUGCUGCUGUUGCGGCCGUUUCACCGCCACCCUUAAGUGUAACAGCCACCGGCACCACCACCGAAGUUACCGAUGACAAAUUCCCAUUCACUUUGGAAAAUGUUCACAAAUCUGAAGAUUUGCGUCGCGAUGAAAACGAACCACGACGCAGACAAUCGAAGGGCCUAUCGGCUGAUUAUAAACCGCCCGGUUAUAUCAAUUAUUCGCCGGAAUCGAAAAAUUUGCUGACACGUUCGGCCUCGACGACUGUCAAUGAUUAUGACAGCGAAGAGAGUAAUAUAUCGUCGGAAGCGUUGUCUGUACAGCGCGCCUAUUUCAUGGAUGUCGGUGCAAUAUCAGCAAUCUGUUUUACAGUAUUCGGUAUUUGCUGUACAGUGGGUACCAUAGGUAUGGUUUUAUAUCGUCGUCGAUUCUUAAAUAAGCCACAGGCAUUAAGUGAGCCGGACUCCAGUGUUUAUAUCGACGAUAGCACGAUGCGUGUUAGUGAUAAUUCAGAUGAAAUGUAUAGCUUGGAUAAUGAUUCGUUUUUGAAUUCAUUGGAGGCCAUGACAAUACAAAACUAUUGGACCGAUACUGUUAAACAUACAAAGCUUUAAUUACUAA